AUGGCUUCCACGACAGACGCCGCCUUUGUUGAGGAUAUCGAGGUGGAGCAGGAGUUUAGAGCGCGCGUCAGGAAUCUCAAGAAGGCGAACAAGUUAGGGGCAAGAUCUUCAGGACCCGACAGCGAUAACGAAGACGCGCCGCUGCUGGGUUCUUCGAGGCACAACAAUGGGGGUGCGAAUGGCGAUGGAAAUGACAACGAAGAAGAAGAAGAAUGGGCAGGAGAUGCCGACUUUCGAGGUCUUCCCUGGUGGAAGCGGCCCUCGAUAUUUUGGCUAUUGCCGCCCUUCCUACUGUUCACCAUAGCCUUCGGUGGUAUUAUAGUACCCAAAAUCAACCUGAUUAUGGAUUUGGUGUGCGAAGAUUACUAUGCUACUCUGGAGACCGAUCCAAUAUCCUCUCCCAUGGACCCGGGGCAAGAUCGAUGCCAAAACGACGCCGUUUCCUCUCGCUCAUCGCUCUUCCUUCUAUACGCCAGCUUGUGCUCCGGUAUACUCUCUGCUAUCAUAAGUCCAAAGAUUGGUGCGCUCUCAGACCGAUAUGGAAGGAAGAAAUUCAUGAUUGCCAACACCUGUGGUGCGCUUUUCGGUGAGGUGCUCACCAUACUGGCUGCCAAGUUUCCCGAGACUGUACACGUCAACUGGAUUCUUGUCGGCUACUGCUUGGAAGGCAUAUCCGGAUCCUUCAUCGUCGGCAUGGCAUGCGCGCACUCCUACGCAUCUGACUGCGUCGCACCACAGAAACGGAACGUUGCCUUUUCAUACUUUCACGCUUGUCUGUUCGGUGGUAUCGCCAUUGGGCCUGCACUGGCUGGAUACAUCAUCAAUGCGCGCCAGAAGUACGUUGGCAAGACUGAAGCUGUCUUGCUCAUCUUCUACAUGGCUCUCGGUGCUCACUUGAUCUUCAUCGCGUUCCUCACAUUCCUUGUUCCCGAAUCCCUCAGCAAAGCACGCCAGGAAGCUGCGCGUGAGAAGCGUAGGGAAGAGCUUGAACGACAAGGUCCUGCUGGAGAUUUCAUUAACCAAUUACGCUCCAUCAACCUCUUUGGUCCUUUAAAGAUCCUCUGGCCAACCGGCCCUGGAACAUCAUCUGCUGUGCGUUGGAAUCUCCUCUUGUUAGCCGCCACAGAUACUAUCAUGUUUGGUGUCGCAAUGGGUGCGAUGAGUGUUGUGUUGGUCUACACUCGCCGGCAGUUCGACUGGCAUGAACUAGAGUCUGGUCGUUUUACCACCAUUGUGAAUAGCUCCCGUGUGUUCGCUCUUCUUGUCAUCUUGCCUAUCCUAACGCGCAUCUUCCGCGGUAAGAAUGGCGCGGCGCGUCUGCGCAGCUCGGGCUCUGAUCUGUUCGAUCUCUCUGUCAUUCGAGCCGCUAUCUUCUUCGACAUGGCUGGUUUCAUUGGCUAUGCCCUUGCCCGCAAAGGCGAACUGUUCGCGCUCUCUGGAGCUAUCGCUGCUGUUGGUGGUAUCGGUUCACCCACGCUUGGCGCUGCGUUGACGAAACACGUACCACAGGAUCAAGUCGGUCAAUUGCUAGGUGCAACGGGUCUACUUCACGCCGUUGCGCGUGUGGUAGGUCCAACUAUCUUCAACGGCAUCUAUAGCGCGACUGUUGGGACAUACCGCCAAACUGUCUUUGUGUGUCUUGCGGCAACCUUUGGAGCCGCGUUUGUGUGCAGUUGGUUUAUUCGUCCACAUGUAUAUAUCGACGAAGAUGACAAACGCGCUGCGCGGGCGGAUGGACAAGAAGCAUAG